UUGCACCAAGUUGUUGUACUACGGGAGCAAAUCGGGCAAUGAAUUACUAGCUAGUAGCUAGAACACCAAAGUAGCUAGAUAGGCAGCUAAUUAUCGAAUAUAAACCAGGGAGGAGAUUCAGGAGUCAACACCAAGAAAGAGCUCUCGAUAAACUAGUGAAAUAAAUGCCUUUACGCUGAAAAAUGGGUGGAGAUGUGUGUAAAUAGAAGCUAGUAACUUAGCAGGCUGUCAACGCAAUUUUCAAAGCCAGAUAGGUUUUUUUGUGUGUUGUUGAUAUCAUUAGCUAAUUGGUUGGCAAACAUUAACUAGAAAUUUAUAAAUCGAUUAACCGUGUCAUCUCGUGUGUUGAUAGCUAGUUAACUAUUUAACUAGCUUGCUAUUAUGACAGUCGAAACAUUGGUAACUAGUUGCGCUUGGAAAUCGAACGAGCAGGCUCUUCAAGAGGAUAGCUUUAGUUAGCCUAAGGUGGCUACGGUCAUUCAAUUAUCCAAAGCUGGUAGUAAACAACAUCUACGCGUUAUUGUGAAUAGGUAUUGAUUGCAAACCACUCGACACUUUUCAAACAUCACCGGGAAAUGAAGAAGUUCUUCGAUUCACGCCGGGAACUUGUGAGUUCCGGGCCUGGUUCUGGAGCGGGUGGAGGAGGCACUGGGUCCGGCAGCAGCGGUGGCAGUUUCAUUGGACGGGUAUUCACCAUUGGACGGUAUCAAGUGACCGUUGAUGAAACUGUUGCUGAAGGAGGCUUUGCCAUUGUGUUCCUGGUGCGGACCCACCAGGGUGUCCGCUGUGCCCUGAAGAGAAUGUACGUCAACAACGAGCACGACCUGCAUAUCUGCAAGCUAGAGAUCCAGAUCAUGAGGGACCUUGUGGGCCACAGGAACAUUGUGGGUUUCCUGGACUCCAGUAUAACUGCAGUGGGAUCAGGAGAUGUCUGGGAGGUCCUCAUCCUCAUGGACUUCUGUCGUGGCGGUCAGGUGGUGAACCUGAUGAACCAGCGUCUGCAAACAGGCUUCACUGAGGCAGAAGUGCUGCAGAUCUUUUGUGACACCUGCGAGGCUGUGGCCCGCCUCCACCAGUGCAAGACUCCAAUCAUCCAUCGAGAUCUCAAGGUGGAGAAUAUCCUGCUCCAUGACCGGGGACACUACGUGCUGUGUGACUUUGGUAGCGCCACCAACCGCUUCCAGGACCCUCAGGCAGAGGGCGUUCCACUGGUGGAGGAGGAAAUCAAGAAGUACACUACUCUGUCAUACAGAGCCCCAGAGAUGAUCAACCUUUACAAUGGCAUGGUCAUCACUACAAAGGCAGACAUCUGGGCUAUGGGAUGCCUACUGUAUAAACUGUGCUACUUCACCCUGCCAUUUGGGGAGAGCCAGGUGGCCAUCUGUGACGGCAGCUUCACUAUACCAGACAACUCCCGCUAUUCCCCGGACAUGCACUGCCUCAUCAGAUACAUGCUGGAGCCUGACCCAGAGCUGAGACCAGAUAUCUACCAAGUGUCCCACUUCUCCUUCAGGCUGGCCGGGAUAGAAUGCCCCAUCCGGAACGUACAUAACUCUCCUAUUCCUACAAAACUCCCUGAACCUAUCAGAGCCAGCGACGCUGUGGCCAAAAAGAGUCAAUCCAAAGCCAGGCUCUCAGACCCUGUCCCCACAAUGGAGACGUCCAUCACGCCCCGUUCACGCCCCAAAGCUGGAGGGGCCCAGUCCAUAGGCAUCCUGCCCAUCCAGCCGGCCCUCACCCCACGCAAGAGACCCAACAUGGCUGCAGGAGGGCCCCAGCCCAUAGGUGUUUUAGGCACCGCCCAGCCUGCAGUUGCUGUCCAAUUAGUCCAGCAGGCCACACCCCCACUGGCUCAGACCGCCCCUUCGCAGCCCAUGGCCACGCCCCAGCAUCAGCAGGGUCUCUUCAUGAAGCAGCAGACUGCAGCCUUCUUCAGCCCACAGCAGCAGACCAACCAGCAUCUGGCUCCUGGACGUGGGCUCCACAAGGUUGGCACCCUGACACCCCCCUCCUCCCCAAAGAUGCCCCCCCGAGGCAGUCACAGACGCAUCCUGAGUGACGUCACCCACAGUGCUGUGUUUGGGGUCCCAAUCAGCAAGUCAACCCAGCUACUGCAGGCGGCUGCAGCCGAGGCCAGCCUCAACAAGUCCAAGUCAGCAAGCACCACCCCCUCUGGCUCCCCCUGCUCCUCCCAGCAGAGUGUGUACCAGCCAGGGGAGGGCGGUGCCCAGACAGCCCCCUCUGUACCCACUGGCAGCUGGAACCCUUUUGGUGAUGACAACUUCUCCAAGCUCUCUGCAGAGGAGCUGCUCAACAAGGACUUUGCCAAGCUGGCCGAGACUACAACAGGGGAGAGGGCCAGCCUCUCCACAGAGAACCUCAUCUCAGGGCUGCAGCCUGUCUCUGCUGCUGGGGCCACAUGCAAGGCUUUCCCAGCUGAGCGAACCGCUGACAUCCUGGGUUUGGAUGCAGGCUCAGCGAUGUUGAGUGUUCCGGACCCCUUUAACGCCCUCUCCCUCUCUGACACCACAGAGAAGCUGAUUGAGGGAUUGAAGUCCCCUGAGACAUCUCUGCUGCUCCCUGACCUUUUACCCCUGGCUGACCCCUUCAGCAGCUCUGCAGAGGGCAACAGCAAUGCAGUGAAGGCUGAGAUGUGUGUGGACUCUCUCAUCCCGGGCCUGGAUACAGUCUCAGCCAGCCUGCCAGACUCUCUGGCUGGAGAGGACUCUCUGCUGGGCUGCUCUCUGCUGUCUCACACCUCCACCCCUGGGGAUCAAACUAUCUGUGCACCACCCUCCUCCUGCUCCUCUGCCCCUCCUGGCUCUGCUUCCUGUCUGGACAAGCUAGCUCCAGUCUCAUUUGGCACUGCCCAGACAUCUGCUGAAUCUGCUUACCUCAUGUUGGGCUUCCAGCCGCCCGAGGCUGGGGAGAAGGGCACUGAGGACGAGUUUGACCCCAUCCCUGUGCUCAUCUCCAAACACUCCAACAACCAAGGUGGUCACUCGCGCAGCAACAGUGGCACUUCAGAGUCCAGCAUCCCCAACUUGGCCCGCUCCCUUCUGCUGGUGGAUCAGCUCAUCGACCUCUAGGGGGUGGGAGAGAGAGGUCGAAGGGGCAGCUUGCAGUCGUAACAUGAUGGGGAGAGGGGGCAGCAGAGGCACUUAUGUAGCACCUUGCAAGGUGAAAUGGAGGAGUUUUAGUGUGGACUAGAGAAUACUUUCUCUGGUGUGCCUCCGUGCCCCCACCUCCAUCUCUUGCUUUCUUGAUACGCUGGUUUCAAACCAUUCAUCCUGGCCGUUGGCAUUCCCAUGUUGGUAACAAUAUGGCAUUAACUCCCCGUCCUGACACUGUCUGCUUCUGUCUUGGCUGCACUGUGGUCUUUAUCACGCUGUCAUCCAUCUGUCAACAUUCCUCUUUGUCCUGCCUUGCGGUUUCAACCCCACGCUAUUCACAUACUGCCUGGCUUGCCCAUAACCCCAUUGGCUUUGCUGUUUUACAAUGUUUGAUCAGGGUUUAUGCAAACGUAUGUGUCCCAGGUCUGACCAUGUAACACAGCAGUAUAGUACUUCUAUCUCUCCUAGCUAUCUGUAUGCACUCUUCCUGUAGCAGCUAUGACCAUGUCUAGUCAUUAGAGCAAAGCAGGCCUUUAGGAAAGCAGACGCUGACUGAACUAUCACGAGCUGCUUGCAUGGGCCAUACAGAUGAGACCAAUGAGCUGUCAGUCCUUAGGCUCCUGCUGUGUUUUUAACUUUUCUCAAACUGCUGUGGUUCACCGGUGCCCCCUGGGAAUGUUUGGCUGUCUGUUGCAAAUGGUCGAAGAUGUCUGUCAUUGAGGUCAAAAGCUCUUCUGCAACAUGCCCUGUUAUGGUGGACAUCUACAGGCUGUGUCUAGCUACCCCAAAACUGCCUCUGACUGGUCUUCUACAACAACAUCUCCUUGACUGCACAACCAUGUUUAUCUUGGCUGUGCUUUAUGGAAGAGAUUAUUAUUAUUAUUAUUUUUUAAAUGUAUCUGAACAUUCCCUGGGAUUAUUGUUCCCGUGUUGUGCAUUUCCUGUAGUUUAAGGUCAUAUUGAGCUGGUGCAUUUUGCCUCUUACUAUACAUCUAAGUAUAAUAAUUAUCUGGAAAGGUUGACUCAUUCGUGGUAUUAUUCUAAAUGUGUGUAAUUCAUUUGAAUGCCCUCGUCUUCUUGGUCAUACUGUACAUUAAGACGGGUGCUCAAGACAUUUCUCUCUUGGGCAGAAUGCAUGCUAACCAGUUAUUGAUCAUGUGUAUUCCAAUAAGAGCUUUAUCGUGGCUAUUCUGUUUGAUUUGGGUUUCUGUCCUCGGCCCAUUGGCAAGGCUAACAGAUCUACUUUUCCCAGAAUGUGAGAGAGAAAUGAGUCCCAUAUUGAGCAUGGAUACAGCUGAACAGUGCAAUGGUUGUGUAUCUCAUUGGUUGUUUAGUGAGGGUCAGCUGAUCUUUACCAGUGAGCCAGCAGAGUGAGAAGUAGGGUCAGCUGAUCUUUACCAGUGAGCCAGCAGAGUGAGAAGUAGGGUCAGCUGAUCUUUACCAGUGAGCCAGCAGAGUGAGAAGUAGGGUCAGCUGAUCUUUACCAGUGAGCCAGCAGAGUGAGAAGUAGUGUCAGCUGAUCUUUACCAGUGAGCCAGCAGAGUGAGUAGUAGGGUCAGCUGAUCUUUACCAGUGAGCCAGCAGAGUGAGUAGUAGGGUCAGCUGAUCUUUACCAGUGAGCCAGCAGAGUGAGUAGGGUCAGCUGAGCUUGGGUUUUGUCUGCUUGUGUUGUGCAGGUGUUGUUCUACAACCAAUCACAGUUUCUCUUUUUGUUCCAUGUGUCUCUGUUGCACAUUUCAUCCUCAUCAUUAAUCUCCCUUCUUUCCAAUCUACUCAUCCAUACUACACAAAAACACAUAUACACCUUGAUGUUGCUUGUGUAUAGUGUAAUGAUCUGGACAAAUAUCCAUAACCAACUCGUAUGUAUAUAGAACCACUAUUUCCUCAUUCUCCCAUUGUAAAGAAGUAGUUAGAGUAUAAUGAACAAGAAUAGAAACGCAACAUGCAACAAUUUCAACGAUUUCCAGUUCAUAUAAGGAAAUCUGUAAAUGUUAAUAAAUCCAUUAGGCCCUACUCUAUGGACUUCACAUGACUGGGUAGGGGUGCACCCACUGGGGAGCCAGGCCAAGCCAAUCAGAAUGAGUUUUCCCCCACAAAAGGGCUUUAUUCCAGACAGAAAUACUCUGCAGGUAUAGAGCUUCUUGAUAUGCCUCACCUGUCAGGUGGAUGAAUUGUCUUGAAAAAGGUUUACGAACAGGGAUGUAAACAAAUUUGUGUACAAAAGUUUAAAGUAAUACGCUUUUUGUGCACAUUGAAAAUGUGGGGAUAUAUUAUUUCAGCCAACACUUUACAUGUUGCGUUUUAUAUUUUUUAUCAGUAUACAUUUUAAAGUGCUUCAUAUUUAAAGACCUAUCAUAAUAUGAAUAAAUGUGACAGUGCUAUAGAAUGAAUGAAUGUAUGAAGUGAGUAUCAAUAUGAAAUAUAUACAAUUCAUAAGUACAUAUUAUAGGUAAAUGAAAAAAAGUUUAUUUCUGUGUAUUCUUUAUGGGGCUAUAUUUAAGAGUGCAAAGAUAUUGUGUCCCUCCUAUUUGUCCAAAGUAUUUUUGUCUAUCCUUGGUCUUGUGGGAGACUAUUUCAGCAUAGGGAAGCCACUAGCCCCAUGGUUGUAGCGAUCUUAAUUUGGUGGUGUUCUGAGAACAGCUCUGUGCUUAUGACUUGCCUUGUUGGGGUAUUAUCUUAAACCUUCAUCCUUGGUUUUUCCUGGUUUUGAUUUUCUUCCUCUGAGCUGUAGUUUAGGGAGUCCCCUCCCUCUGAAAACAGGGCUUAUGACGGAAGAGUUUUCCUGAUAUCUCUGUCCUUUCCUCCUCCUCUACUGUUAACCCCUAAAUGCAUCAAACAAGCUAAGCUGUAUCGCCUACCUACUUACACGUUACAAUGCAGUCUCAUUUGUUGGAAACAGAACCAAAAUGUGUCUUACUCUUGACACAUUAUCCUCCCAGCCAGCUUAAUCAGGUGAUAUAAUUUACUACAUUGUACCCACACUUGAUUUACCUGAGGAAUAUUCAAAUUAGAUGAUACAAUGUUUCAGAAACUAAACUGAAAUGCAACCCAUCUAAGAACUCAAGUCCACAAAAUGCAUUUAUUCAAUUUCAAAAAGUAUUGUUUCCAUACUUGGAAAAUAGACAAGGCAAAAAUAUACAUUUCCAUUUGAGGUGUUACUGCUAGUAUCGCAUUACUUUAAGUUGAAGUUAAUUUUUUCGUUUUUUUUAAACUUUGAAGUAAAAAUGUGUUUUUACCCCUCUCCAAACCAUAUAUUGUUCAGUAAGUAGAAAUUGGGCUGUGGCUUUUGAAGAGUGUCUGGAGAAUCAGUAAAACUACUCUUAUUUUGUUUUUCUCCAAUCUACUUGUUGUACAGUCUUUUGCAGGUUUAGGUGUGGCUAACCUAUGCAAUUCUACAGUAGUGCUCAUAUUAUCCUUAGACACCACAGUGCUGUAUUCAGUAGAGGUCUAGCCUUGCCAGUAGAAUUUGACUUGUGUUGCUGUGAAACUGAUGUCCCUAGUGUGUUUGCUGGGGCAAAUAUAUGAACACUGUUGUACUGCGCAAACAGCAGUUGUCCAUAUGUGAAAGCACAGAGCUAUUAUCUAGCGUAUACCUUAUAUUUUUAUGAAAUGAGAAAAAUAUUAAAAAAGAAAGGGACAUUAAAUAAACAUCUGAAUGGAA